CGAGCGCUGCCCGCCACGGCCCGGCCACUUCAGGGGGAGGCGCCAACUCGUCGCGGCGCCGAGCCCCCGACAGAGCAGUAACCGCGACCCAGGAGGCGGAGCGGACGCGGCUUGGGCUUGCGCUGAGUCACAUUAGCCUUGCUGUAGAAGACAGCUUUACAAGAAGCUAAAAGGAAUGGAAUUAAAGAUGACCGAAUACUGGACUCCAGAAAUUUAAAACAAUCAGCAAAUCAUAUGUUGUUCAGCAGAGCUGAGAAUUCAAUACCUAAGUCUGUUCUUCACAGUGAUUUCAAGCUUUCCAAUUCCAGAGAGAGUCUAAGGGACUGCCCAGGACUGAGUCCAUAUGGAAGAAGAACUUCCUCUUUUCUAUGGAGAAAGUGGCAAGCCAGUACGGGCCACUCUCUCAUCCCUGAAGAUGUUAGAUGUGGGCAAGUGGCCAAUCUUCUCCCUUUGUUCUGAGGAAGAACUGCAGUUAAUCCGGCAGGCUUGUGUCUUUGGCAAUGCUGGUAAUGAAGUCUUAUACAGCACUGUGAAUGAUGAGAUCUUCGUGCUUGGCACAAACAGCAGUGGCUGUUUGGGCUUAGGCGACGUCCAGAGCACGAUUGAACCUCGGAGACUGGAUGUUCUAAGUGGCAAAAAGAUAGCCUGCUUCAGCUACGGGAGUGGCCCACAUGUUGUCCUUGCCACCACAGAAGGAGAAGUCUUUACCUGGGGUCACAAUGCUUACAGCCAGCUGGGCAAUGGCACAACUAAUCAUGGUUUAGUGCCCUGUCAGAUCUCCACUAAUCUGUCAAACAAGCAAGUCAUUGAAGUUGCCUGUGGGUCUUACCAUUCCUUGGUGCUGACAUCUGAUGGAGAGGUAUUUGCCUGGGGCUAUAAUAACUCUGGGCAGGUGGGAUCUGGCCCAACAGCCAAUCAGCCCAUUCCUCGAAGAGUCACUGGUUGCCUACAGAACAAAGUUGUCGUGAACAUAGCAUGUGGACAGAUGUGCUCCAUGGCGGUUGUGGACACCGGGGAGGUCUACGUCUGGGGCUACAAUGGAAAUGGGCAGCUUGGACUUGGCAGUGGUGGCAACCAGCCCACCCCCUGCAGAGUAGCCGCUCUGCAAGGCAUUCGAGUGCAGCGGGUUGCCUGUGGCUAUGCACACACGUUAGUAUUAACAGAUGAAGGCCAAGUGUAUGCUUGGGGCGCCAAUUCUUAUGGCCAAUUAGGCACCGGCAAUAAAAGUAACCAGUCCUACCCUACUCCUGUGGUUGUAGAAAAGGACAGGAUCAUUGAGAUCGCAGCCUGCCACUCUGCGCACACGUCCGCCGCCAAGACCCAGGGCGGGCACGUGUACAUGUGGGGCCAGUGCCGGGGCCAGUCGGUGAUCCUGCCUCACCUCACCCACUUCUCCUGCACCGACGACGUCUUCGCCUGCUUCGCCACGCCCGCCGUCUCCUGGCGCCUGCUCUCCGUGGAACCCGAUGACCACCUCACUGUGGCUGAGUCACUGAAGAGGGAAUUUGACAACCCGGACACCGCAGACCUCAAGUUUCUGGUUGAUGGAAAGUACAUUUAUGCACAUAGAGUCCUUCUCAAAAUUAGGUGUGAGCAUUUUCGUUCCUCAUUGGAAGACUGUGAGGAUGACAUCAUAGAGAUGAGCGAAUUUUCAUAUCCCGUCUUCAGAGCCUUCCUGGAGUAUCUGUACACAGACAGCAUCAGCCUUUCCCCGGAGGAAGCCGUAGGGCUGCUGGACUUGGCCACAUUCUAUAGAGAAAACCGUUUGAAAAAGCUCUGUCAGCAAACUAUCAAGCAAGGCAUCUGCGAGGAGAACGCCAUCGCCCUGCUCUCGGCUGCAGUGAAAUACGACGCCCAGGAUUUAGAAGAAUUCUGCUUCAGGUUCUGCAUCAACCAUCUGACUGUGGUAACGCAAACUUCAGGCUUUGCUGAGAUGGACCACGAUCUCCUGAAGAACUUUAUCAGCAAAGCAAGCAGAGUGGGAGCCUUUAAAAACUGACGCCCGCUGGCAGGAAAGGGAAGGGUUUGGGGAGCCUUCCCAUUUCCCCUGCAGAAGCCAGAGAUCAGUCAUCUCUCUCUAAUCAGUUGCGUGUGCAGUGCGCGGCAUUCGGCCGACAUUUGCAUUCUGUCAGGAGAAAAGAUGGUGUCAGUCUUUUUGUACCUGCCUGAAUCCACCGUUUACAUAGAAAGCAUUAAAUGCUCUGCUCCAAUGGGACUGUGUUCAGGGCGCAUCAUGAAGUGCAUUGUCCUUACCAUUUCCUGUUUUGAGUCACAUACAUCCGGCACCCUUGGUACACUCUCUCAGCCUGCUAUUCCAGACAAAUGUUCCCUCAGUUCAGCUGGCUGAUGGCACAUAGCUAGCUUGACAAGGAAUGCUGUCCCUACCACGUUUUCAGAAUCCAGCACACUGCCCUGCAUGUGGUAGGCAUUUGGUGAAUUUAUUAUCAGUCUUAAGGCUGGUCUGGGAAUAGCUUUAUAGGUAGAAAACUGGAUGGAGGAAUGACUUGCACAAAGUCGAUUUUAAAACAGUCUGUAAUGUUUGCAGUCUGUCCUGGUACAUUGUUCUGCGAAGUAGUGGCUAACUGAGAGGGUUAAUUAGAAUUCAUGAAAGGCCUUAGCAAUUAAAUUAUGGAAGGCCCAAGGGCUAAUUUUACUUUUCUGUUUACUCUGAGUCAUUAAUUCUGUCAUGGAAUACUGAAUAUGAAAUGCUGUCUUUGAGUAUGAUUUCUGAGCUCAUCUGCCUUACAUAAUUACAUUAAGCCCUCUGCUGUUCUUCGUAUUGAGAGAUUUGCUUCCAUAAGGAAAAAUGAUCAUGAGUUUUUCUGGUAGUUGACUUUUAGGACCCAUGAAAUAAAUCUUGCUACCUGGCACUAGUAUAAAGUACCAGCUGAAAAUGAAUUAGCACUUAUAUUUCAUGGUAUUAAUCCAUUUGUACUUUUUAGAUCAAACCAAUUUAUUUAACUGCGAAAAAAAAACCAAACUGGAACGUGAUGCAGCGUCAGAUUCUUUCAUGUGUCUCCCAAUGUGAUAUUAUGUAAAGAAAAUCCUUUUGGAAUUAGAAAUCUUGUUCUGAUGUCAAACUAUUUGAUAAUAAAAUGCUUAUUUGCAGAUAACA